CCGGUUGUUGCAGUCUAUUAUUUCCGGUUGUUGCAGUGUGUUUCUCCUGCAGUCAUGCUGAGUGCGGUGGGGGAGAGCCUGCUUUCUCAGGCCCGGGAGCUGCCGGACGCGGAGCUGUUGGGGUUCAGUUCGCGCUCCGUGUCCCCCCAGCCGGGGCCGCACACUCUGGACGCCCUGCGGCGGCUGCACCUGGUGCUGGCGGCCGGGGGGCAGCGAAGGGGCCGGGGGGGUCUGGGGCCCGGCUUCCCGGAGCGUCUGGAGGCCAUGCUGGGCGAGCUGUCCAUCCCGGGCCAGGUCCGGGCCGUGUGUGCCGCCAUCCUGUGCGAACUGGCCCCCGGGCCGCCCCUGGGACUGAGCGGGACGGACAGCAUGGCGGCCUCGGUGCUGCUCGCCCGGGGCAAUGACUGCGAGCUGCUGGCCCUGGGCCACAGAGUGUGCCGGCUCCUGGAGCCCCGGGCCCCCGAGGGCCACAGCCUGAGAGCCCUGCUGCCUGUGCUGCUGAGAGUGGUGAUCCUGCGGCCGGAGCUGCUGGACGAGGACCAGGUGAACGUGGUGAACAGGAAGCUGGCGGACUGGCUGCGGUAUGCCACCAUGCACCCGGGCGGACCCCCGACACCGGGCGGCUUCUUCACCAGCCCCCGCAACAAGCAGCCCAGUCUGGUGGCCGAAGUGGACGGGGCUGUGGCUACCGACUUCUUCACUGUGCUGAGCUACAGUCAGCAUUAUACCGAAGAAAAAUGGCUGAAUGUGUGCGGCUUUUCCGUGCUGCGAAGCUGGUUGCUGCGUUACGGCGCAGCGGUGACGGCUGGCUGUUCAGACGACCGGUCAGAAACCGACGGCUCUGUCAUUUCAAUGGUGUCUGCAUCCUCCACAACAAGCCGACUGCUGCCGCCACGGGAAAGGCUGAGGGAGAAGGGAUACGAGUACUGUGUACGACUAGUGGAACAAAGUAACCGCAAACCUCUGAAGAAGAUGGACGCCGAUCUGCAGAGAGCGUGCCUGGUCGAAGCUGUCACUUUAAUGGACCUCAUCUGUAAACAGGAUGUCACCUACCUGUACCGCACGCUUCCUCUGCUUAAGAUCUUGCAGGGGCGGCUUUGCACAGACCCUUCUCUGGCUGCAGUGCUACUUCCAGUUGCCCAGUUCUUCCUAAAUCACAGCGAAGCUGCUGCGGUGGAUGCGGAAGCCAUGUACAGACAUUUAUUUUCCAAGGUUCCGUCUGAGCUAUUUCACCAGCCGCUCUUUGCAUUUCAGUUUAUCAGGUUUUGCAGGGCCAACAGCUGCUUCCUUGGGGAGAAUGUGGAGGCCUUCAGAGGGAGCUUUCCCAAUCUGCUGAAGUUUUUGGCAUGGAAUUGCCCUUCUCUUAUAUCGGAGUUUCAGAUUUUGCUUCCUGCUCUCAUCACUUUAGAAUCAGGAAUUGAAAUUCUUCAUUCAUUGCUUGACCUGCCAUGUCUGACCGCUGCUUUAGAGAUCCAACUCAAGUCUGUUGCAGUUUCUGAAAAAUCUGUUAUGGACACGGCAACAAUCCCGACCAGCUCGGCAGAGCCCUUCCGACAUCCAAUCUACAAGAGAAUGUUCCAGUAUCUCUUGCGCAAUGAGGCAUGGUCUUUGCCUCCACCAGAAGGUUUCCUUGUGCUCCGAAAAUUCCUUGCAGACACUAGUAACUCUCCUCGUGUCUUGCAGUGUGCACAAAUUGUGCCAUGCCUCCUUCAGGUUUAUUUUCUCACAGUUCUAAAGCUUGCAGAUGGGGAUCUAAUCCACAAACUGGUUCUGACCAUUCUGGAAAGAAGCCAUAAUCUCUACAACUCUGGAAAUUUCCCAUCUGAGGUUCACAAAGUCCUUAGUUCUCAUCUUUCCCAUCUUUGCCGCUUACAUCCUUCAGUAGUUGUGGAAUUGGCAAAAGAGCUCCUGGAGUUUAUAAGUACGAUUGGUAAUGUCCAAAGCAAGGAACCCCUAUUCACACGUGUGGUAUGGGCCAUGGGUGAAUAUUUGUCUGUUUUCUAUGACCGAAGAUGCACUGUGGAUCAAGUGAACAGGUUUUUUGAAGUUUUGGAGGCUUUGCUUUUUGAGAUUACACAGGUUCGUGGUGCUUCAAGUGCUCCUGUGUGUUCCCCACGUGUUAUCACCACACUUAUGACUACUCUUGCUAAACUGGCCUCCCGCAGUCAGGAUCUGAUUCCCAGAGUUUCUCUGUACUUGUCUAAGAUGCGGUCAUGUGUGCAAAGCUCAACCAUGAUCUCUGUUUAUGGAGAAGAAGACAGUGAACAAAUUCUUAUUAGAGCUACAGAGCUUCUAAACCUUCUCAAACUACCCAGUGUGGCACAGUUUGUACUGACCCCUUCCCCUGAGGUCCGAAAUCCAAGUUAUCACCAUGACAAGUGUUCGUUUUUACCGCUCGCUCUUCGCACCUCGAGCCGCUUAUUGGACAAAGAUAGGUUCCAGAGUGAUUGACGGUGGACAUUUCUUGUCUUCUAUUCUGAGCAACUUAAAAAAAAAAAAAAGGGAAACAAAUCUUGCACUGUAUUACAAUGUCAGGUUACAACUUGUUUUUUGUUUGCCUGCAAAGGCAUUUGUUUCACAUUUGCACUGCUAAGAAAAAGUAUUUUGCACAUAAUCUACAUGUAUUAUAAGGGAAUAAUUGCAGAACACGCAGACUAGAUAGCAUUUUAAUCUUAUUACAGUACAGGAGCCAAUAUAAGAAAAUGUACACAAGGAUGAAAAAAAUACAGCUUCUGAUUAAGCUUACAAUCCGUAAUUAUUUAACCUUGUCAUUUAGGUCCAGCAAAUAUUAUUGUGGACUUUAAUUACUGAAGCACAAUUUGUGUAUUUAUGGAACUUGCUCAAAAAUAAUCUAGUCUGUAAAGCAGGGUCUUAAAGUUCAUGCGCGGCCCCCUUAAUAUAUAACCGGCCUGGAUCAAUCUAUCCUAGAAUAGACCGAUGUCUGAGUUUUUGACUGAGUCAGGUUUUAUUUGCAGAGGUUCAGCAGACAGAGCAGGGAAGCAACCUUCAUUUCCAGCUCAGCCAUACUAUAGCUGUGUAUUUUGUGUAUCUAUGUGGGAAUUGGCACCCAUCUGGUAUUAUGAGUCUCUGGCCCCUAUAAAAGAUGGCCCCGUGUUAUUUGACUGUCAGACUAAGCUUUAGCACCAUUUGUGAUGUGACUGUGAUCCUAAACUGCACUGAACACUUUAUUAUUAUUAUUAACAUAAUAAUUAUAGAAAGGAUUCAGUGAUUGUCCUGAGUGAUCAUAAUAAGCUCUGGAAUCAAUACUGAUUGGUAAAGUGGGAGGAAUUCCAGUAGCUGAGCAUGAACUGUGGCAAAGUUGGGGGAAGGCUAUUUUUGGUGUAAAAAAUGAAUAUCCCCAAAAGGAACUUUUGGCAUCAAAUUUAAUUUUUAUAAAACAAGUGAACCGGUUCGGGGUUUAAGUUUCUAGUAAAAGGAGACUAAAAGUAAGUAGAGGGUUUUGCACGGAGAGCAGCUGGUUUGUCGUUUUAGCUGUUGAAUAGUUUGAGUGUCCGAAUGCUGCACUCCGGAGUAACGGGCUACACACUGCGUUCUGAACCAACGGCUCUCAAUGCAAAACCCUCUGCUUGAUUUUAGCUUCACCCGUCUGCAAGAAAUACACCAUGUACCGGUGUAACCCAUUACUCCGGAGUGCAGGAGCUUAAAUAAUGCAUUAUUCACUAGGCACUUAGUAUGUAUUGAAUCCUACAGACUGCCAGUAAUAUGCCAAUAAA